AUGGUGGGGCGUGUGUGGGCGAUUCGAGAGGCGUCCAAGGCCUACGCGAGCCUUUUGGCGAAGAGUGAUGAGUGGUGGUGCGACCAGAGCAUCUGGGCGCUGUUGUUUGUGUGGAGCGUAACUCAGGACCCUGUUGUGGAUCCCGCCCUUCGCAUACGUUACGGCCUUCUGAGCCUUGACUACAACAACUCCUUCUUUCUCACGCCGCGUAAAGGGCUUUUUGGGUCUCCGGCGGUCAUUCAUUUUCCCGGAGCAUACACGCAGUGGCGCAAAAAAUUGCCUGGACUGCUGAACUACACACAAUGGUUUCAUCCGCUGCGGUGCUAUCCCACCUUUGCUCAGGUGGCGAGAGCCUUGCUGCAGAACGCCUCUUUGUCCGUGUAUGAUGUGACUCGGCGAGCUAAUGCGGUGCGCUUCCCUGACGUCUGCUCGCUGAAUGACGUUCUCAACCGCCGAUGGUUGUCGCGCCCGCAGCCAAAGUGA